UUCAUUCAUUUUCCACUCUCUCCUCCUCCUUUUCUCAUUAUUAUUAUUUUAUUUUUAUUAAUAUAAAUAUAUAUUCCACCAUGACUGAUGAUGACUGGCUUACAGCAGCCAUCUCCGACACUUCCGUAGUUGCCGAAUUCCUCCUUUCUCUCCAUCUACCCACUUCCCCACCACCACCACCACCACCGUCGUCUUCCUCUUCAAAGCGUCGGAGACCAGCGCCACCACCAACGUGGACCAUUCGCCGCUCCAGAACACAACCCCAACCGCUUCAUCAACCACCUAUUUCUAACAAAUCAGACACACCUAGAGCUAGCCCCAGCACUCCUUUAUCUUGGUCCCGUGCCACUUCCGUCAGCGGUGGUGGUUGUCCUCCAAUUCCUCAUGUUAUCUCAGGAUCUAAGGUUAUGCCACCUAGUGAAACCAAUUCGGCCAAGAGGUCAAAAAAGAAGAAGACUUUGGCUGCACUUAGAGAGGAGGAGGUAUUAUUGAUUGAGGAACAGAAUCUUUUGAAAAAGAAACUUGCAGCCCUUCAGGCUAACUGUGAAAAACAGAGAAAGGAGAAUAUGAGCCUGAAGCUAAUGAAGCUGGAUAUACAACAAUCAAACAACCAUUUUGAAGCAGUUAAUGAGCGGAGAGACAAAGUCUUCCUUCCUGAUCUUAAUGUUCCUGUCGGAGAGGAUGUGAUUGUCGGUUAUUAAGAAGAUCAUAGAAUAAAUCUAGUAUAUUCAGGAAUAGACAAAUAAGUUCUAACGGCGAAUAUGAGAUAGAAGAACUUCCCAAUUUUUUUACGAAAUUUGGAAAGUUGUUAAUUAUAAAUUAUUUAAGGUAACUGAGGAUUUUAGUGAUGAAAUCUGUAAUAGAUGCAGUUGGACAUUCUUUCAUUUAGUCGGUUUUGUAAAUUGUUUUACCUCAUUUUCUUAAUUGGAAUAUAAAUAUUACAGGUGUUAUGUAA